AUGGAUCAGUUACCAAAAGAGAUCAGGCACAUAAUCGCCGAUUGGACAGGACAGAUAUCCAAGGAAAGCCUCCAAGCGCUGGGCUUAGUCAGCCGUGAGUGGAACGAGAUUGCCAAAGAAUUCUUGAAUCAGCAUAUCAUCAUUCGCUUAAGGGAAGGAAGAAACCCCAUCAUACCGGACGACCAACGUAUCCUCAUACACGCGAGACAACUGAGCCUUGUGGCAGAAUGGCGCCCGUAUUUCCCUCAGAAAACAUCUCUCUCCAAUCACCGAAAGCCUCUGGCCAGGGACAAGCCUGACAAUCACAAGUCCCACAUUUCUAGUCUUCUAGAAGGAGCAUUCUCUGGGGAUCACUCCGUCCCCGGAGCUGGUUUCUACGUUAGAGGAGAUUGGAGUCCUGUUAUUGAUCUGAUCCGACUAAUUCCUCGUUUACACGAAGUGAAUCUCCUUGUCUUCCAUGGUGGUCCAGUCGAACUCUUUGAGGCUCUUUCACAAUAUCACCCUACUUGUCGAGUCUCCAUAUUCAGCACUUUGAUUAAAAAAAACCCAAUUCGGUGGGACUCAUUUCCUUCUAUAGAUCCGGUGUGGAUUUCCUCGCCAAUGCUAUAUGCUGUCCAUUUGACUUGUGAGGAGUACUACCCUGUGCUCUCUGAGGAUCCCGAUAGGAUACUACAGAAUAUUGUGUUACAUGCGCCGAAUCUCAAAAAGAUCGCAUUGCGGAUUAGAGGUCGGGAUAAUGGUCAGGCCUUAAGAGAAAGGCUACACGAAGCCAGUGUGGACAUGGCCAACAAAAAUGACAAACCACCUGGAUCUGCUAGAAUUGAAACCAUGUCAUGGCCUCUCCAUACCGAUAUGACAGCUACUCAGUUCCAAGAUUGGCACACAGUCACCGAUUUGAGUGUUUUGAAAUCAUGGACUGUUGGCUGUAUUAAAGAUUCGACACUGCUCCAGUCUAUUAUGGAUAUUCGCCCUUUCAAACAGCUAAAGCAACUCACCCUUGCCGUAUUUGCACCUAAGGGUGAUGGGCCAAGGUUUUGGCGCGCUGCAGAGUCGAUGUUCAGCUCGCUGCCACCAUUAACAUAUCUUUGUUUAUUGGGAGUAUAUCAUCCUGGGUUUCUGAACAAUGUGCUUAGCUAUGGGCAUGGGCAAACUCUCCUUGAGUUGAAAUUGCAUGAGCAAAUAUCACCUUAUCCGCUCGCAAGAGGCGUGUCUCUACCCCGACUGUGCAAAAAGGGGCAAGCCGGGCCCAUAUUUUCAACUGAGCAAGUUCGAGAGUUGGGACGCUAUUGUCAACUUGUUCGGAAGCUACAAAUCUGUGUACAGCGAUAUCCAGGUCCUCAAACAGAUAUGUCGAGCGCUCUGGGACGUUUUCCCUCCCUCAAGGAGCUCGACCUUGUGUUGAAUUGCUUACCCCAAAUGGAUGCGAACGGAAUGCCUGUCCCACCGCGAGAAUUGACCGAAUUUGAAAAGGGUCUGGUAGCGGAGUUUGGGCGGGGCAGUGAUGUCUGCCCUAGCUGGUUCAUUCGGGACUGCAUGGUCAACUGUGCUAUGAGCGAGAAUUUUGUGAAAGCGUUCUUCACACACAUACGCAAAUCCCAAGAACAUCUUAUCCAACUAAUCAUUCACCCUCUCUUUGGUCAAUUGGAUCAGUAUUCCGGAUCGGAGCAAUAUCCUCGUUUCCCUCAAGGAGUAAGCAAAUUCAUCCACCAGCGUUUUUUCACUAACUUGACCUCUGUCUGGACGGUAAGAAAAGACAAUGAGGUCAAGCUACGUGCGAUGUGUGAGAAACCUUUUAAUCCCGCCCACCUCAAGAAGUACCCUGAUGAGAUUUUAUCGAUUUUCCGUUCCACUAUCAUGUGGGAGAUGAGGCCAGAGAUUAUUACCUAA